AAUAUUAAGAGAUGCGAUUUCCCAAGUGAUUUUGUAUUUGGAACCGCAACUUCUGCCCAGCAAAUAGAAGGAGCAGGGAAAGAAGGUGGAAGGGGACCAAGUAUUUGGGACACCUUUGCUGCAGUCCCGGGUCACGUUAAGGAUGGAAGCAACAGUUUAGUAGCAAUUGAUUCAUAUCACCGAUUUAAGGAAGAUAUAAAGCUCAUGAAGGACCUUGGAGUUGAUAGUUACAGGUUUUCCAUUUCCUGGCCAAGGAUUUUACCUAAUGGCACGAUAAGCGGAGGAAUAAAUCAAGAGGGUAUUGAUUUCUACAACAAUGUGAUCGAUGAAUUAGUGGCAAAUGGUAUCAAACCAUUUGUGACCAUGUUACAUUUUGACACACCACAAGCGCUUGAAGACAAGUAUGGAAGCUUCUUGAAUCGCUCAAUUGUGGAUGAUUUCAAGGACUACAGUGAACUUUUGUUCAAAACUUAUGGAGACAGAGUUAAAUACUGGAUUACAGUCAAUGAACCAUUUGUUGUGGCACUUGGAUAUGAUUUAGGGAAAGGCGCGCCGGGGAGAUGUUCGUUGCCACCGCCUUUUGGUCCAUGUGCAGCCGGGAACUCGUCCACCGAACCUUACAUUGUUGGCCAUCACUUUCUCCUUGCCCAUGCUACGGCUGCUAGGCUCUACAAAGAUAAUUUUCAAGCUCAACAAGGUGGACAAAUUGGACUUGCAGUUGUUGGAGAGUUUAUGGAGCCUUAUAGUGACUCACCAGAUGAUAUAGCAGCCGCAGAAAGAUAUUUAGAUUUCCUCUUUGGAUGGCAUCUGGAGCCAUUGGUGUUUGGAGAUUAUCCAAGAACCAUGAGAGAGUAUGUGAAGGAGAGACUGCCUACUUUGACUGAAGAAGAAAAGAAUUUGGUAAAGGGUGCUUUUGAUUUCAUUGGAAUCAACUAUUACACAUCAAGAUUUGCUUUUAAGACGGAUCCAGUCCAACCACCCCAUUAUCUUGGAGACUCCUUAGUGAAGAUCACAACUACAAAAGAUGGAGUCCCAAUUGGUCCAAAGUCUGAGGGAAGUGGAUAUGUCUACAGUUAUCCUCAAGGGCUACAGAAACUUUUGGAGUUCAUGAAGUCAAAGUACAACAAUCCCACUAUUUACAUUACUGAAAAUGGAUUUCCCGAGGCGGAUGUGGCGAAUCGCAGCCUCGAUGAAGCGCUUAAUGAUCAAGCUAAGAUCAACUUCAUUCGUGAGCAUUUAUACUACAUCAGGCAGGCAAUGAAUAAUGGUGUGAAGGUGAAAGGUUACUUCUACUGGUCUCUAUUCGACAAUUUCGAAUGGGGAAGCGGCUACACCGUCCGAUUCGGGUUAUAUUUCAUCGAUUAUAACGAUAACUACAAGCGUAUUCCCAAAUUUUCUGCUAAAUGGCUUCCUGCUUUCCUCAAAGGAGAGUCUCCUUCAAUCAAGUGA